GACACACACACACAAACAAAAACACACACCAGAGCGAGUCAUUGCCCUGUCAAAAUCCUUCAAACCAACGUCGUCUUCGGAGCCUCUUAUAAUAUUAUUGCUGCUAUUUCUUUACCACCACAAUAUCCGGUGUACCCAUUUUCUCUGAAUCUUUUGCAAAAUCCCCUGAAUCAUUCAUUUUCUUACCAAUUCCUGAUACCCUUUGGUGAGAAAUCUCUUCUGGGGUCAUAAAGUACAAAACUUUGUCUCGGAUUCAAGGUGGGUCGUUGUGAUGGAACAGAAGCAUGUUCUGUUGUCAGCAUUGAGUGUUGGGGUGGGGUUGGGUGUUGGGCUUGGAUUGAGUUCAGGACAGGCUGUGCAGAAAUGGGUUGGAGGGAACUCUGAUGAGGUUUCUGGUGAGCAAAUUGUGGAGGAGAUCAAGAAGCUUGUAGUUGAUGGGAAGGACAGCAAAGUUACAUUUGAUGACUUUCCUUAUUACUUAAGUGAAAGAACUCGAGUUUUGUUGACAAGUGCAGCAUAUGUUCAUCUAAAACAUCUUAACGUUUCCAAGCAUACCAGGAACCUCUCCCCAGCAAGCAGGGCAAUUUUGCUCUCUGGUCCAGCAGAACUUUACCAGCAAAUGCUUGCAAAAGCUUUAGCACAUUACUUUGAAUCGAAGUUGCUAUUGAUAGAUAUUACCGACUUCUCCAUGAAGUUGCAGAGCAAAUAUGGAUAUACUAGAAAAGAACCAUCUUUCAAAAGGUCAAUAUCCGAGAUGACUUUGGAGAGAAUGUCUAGUUUGUUUGGUUCCUUUUCAAUGCUGCCUCCAACCGGCGAAACUAGAGGGACUCUGCGUCAACAAAGCAGUGCUGUUGAAAGUUACAACAAUCAUCCAAAGCUUCGGAGGAAUGCGUCUGCUGCGUCCGAUUUAAGUAGCACUGCUUCCCAGAGCGGUCCAAUAAUGCCAGGUUCUUUAAGGCGUGCAAGUAGCUUGUGUUUUGAUGAAAAGCUCUUCGUGCAGUCACUUUACAAGAUUCUGGUUUCUAUCUCAGAAACCGGUUCCAUUAUUUUAUAUAUCAGAGACGUUGAGAAGCUCGUUAUCAAAUCACCAAGGUUAUAUAAUUUACUGCAAAAAAUGAUAAAGAAACUAUCAGGCUCGGUGUUGAUACUCGGUUCCCAGAUAUCAGAUCCAGAGGACGAUUGCAAAGAAAUCGAUGAAAGGCUCCCUAUGGUAUUCCCCUAUAUCAUUGAGAUCAAACCUCCUGAAGAUGAAACUCAUCUUGGCAGCUGGAAAGGCCAGCUUGAAGAGGACAUGAAAAUUAUUCAGUUUCAGGAUAACAGAAACCACAUUGCUGAAGUACUUGCACAAAAUGACAUUGAUUGUGAUGACUUGAAUUCAAUCUGCCAUGCAGACACUAUGAUACUCAGUAAUUAUAUUGAAGAAAUUGUUGUAUCUGCAAUAUCAUAUCAUUUGAUGAAUACCAAGGAUCCGGAAUACCGAAAUGGAAGGCUAGUUAUAUCAUCCAAUAGUUUGUCCCAUGGAUUGAGUUUAUUCCAGGAAGGCAAGUGCAGUGGGAAUCUGAAGACUAAUGAUUCGAGCAAGGAAAAUGUGGGAGAAGACAUUACUGGUGCAAAGAAUGAUGUGCGGUGUGACAACCAAGCACCUGAAAACAAAAAUGAAACAGAGAAAGCCAUCCCUGUAACAAAAAAAGAUGGUGAAAAUCCAACACCUGCAAAAGCUGAAGUUCCUGAUAACGAAUUUGAGAAGCGCAUAAGACCUGAAGUUAUCCCUGCAAAUGAGAUAGGGGUUACAUUUGGAGACAUUGGUGCAAUGGAUGAGAUUAAAGAAUCACUUCAGGAGUUGGUAAUGCUUCCCCUUAGAAGACCAGACCUCUUCAAAGGUGGUCUUCUAAAGCCAUGUAGAGGUAUAUUACUUUUCGGGCCUCCGGGAACCGGGAAAACAAUGCUUGCCAAAGCAAUUGCAAAUGAAGCUGGAGCAAGUUUCAUCAAUGUUUCAAUGUCCACCAUCACUUCAAAAUGGUUUGGAGAAGACGAAAAGAAUGUCCGCGCUCUGUUCUCGCUAGCAGCAAAGGUUGCUCCUACUAUAAUCUUUGUCGAUGAGGUUGACAGCAUGCUUGGUCAGAGGACUAGAGUUGGAGAGCAUGAGGCCAUGAGGAAGAUUAAAAAUGAAUUCAUGACACACUGGGAUGGGCUAUUAACUGCACCUGGUGAGCAAAUUCUCGUUCUUGCUGCAACCAAUAGGCCAUUUGACCUCGAUGAAGCAAUUAUUAGACGGUUCGAGCGCAGGAUCAUGGUUGGCCUUCCAUCUGUUGAGAACAGGGAAAUGAUCCUGAAAACUCUCCUGGCUAAGGAAAAGCAUGAAAACUUAGACUUCAAAGAGCUGGCAACCAUGACAGAAGGAUACAGUGGAAGUGAUCUUAAGAAUUUGUGCAUCACCGCCGCUUAUCGACCUGUGAGGGAGCUAAUACAGCAAGAGAGAAAGAAGGAUAUGGAAAAGAAGAAAAAAGAGGCAGAAGGCCAAAACUCCGAAGAUUCUUCAAAUAAUAAAGAUAAAGAAGACCAAGAAAUUAUCCUGAGGGCUUUAAACAUGGAAGACAUGAAACAGGCCAAGGGUCAGGUGGCUGCGAGCUUUGCCACGGAAGGAUCAGUAAUGGCUGAGCUAAAGCAGUGGAAUGAGUUGUAUGGAGAAGGAGGUACAAGAAAGAAACAGCAGCUCACUUACUUCCUUUAGAUUGCGAAAAAACCACUUGAGUUUUGGAUUUGUCCCCAUUCAUCCAAAAGGAUAUAUGUGAGAAAAACGGAAGGAGUCCUUCACCAGAGAUGUUGAAUUCAAAAGCAUGCUGAAGUUUCCCACAGAUCAAAAGUCAUGAGAUCCUAUAUCUCUAAGAAGAGCACGACGAGUCGAAGCACGUUUAUCCUCGGAAGGAUGGUUGAAUCAUUAUGCAUCACCAUGUUUAGGAGGGGGUUCUCGGUUUUUUUUGUUUGGAUUGUCAGCAAACCAAUGAACACCUGUAUUGGGGGAUUUAUAUUCUGUCAUGUUUGGGUUUGAAGAUGCAAUAGGCCUUUAGGAGUUAGGAUUAUUUUAUACCACGCAUUUUAGCUGUAUUAUAUGAUCAGAAUUUUUAGACAGUUGAAUUAUAUAAAUUGAUUGUGUAGCUGAAA